AUGGGUCAGAAAGAUGAUAUAUAUCAAAACUUUCAACUGAGACCUAUGAAAUGUGAACUUAAUUUUCUUAGCAGAUCUGAUGGUUCGGCGAUUUUAUCUCAAGGUGAAACUGUGGUCACAGUAAGUGUGAAUGGUCCAUUGGACAUCAAAACAACCAGUCAGAGUAUAGAGAAGGCGACUCUUGAAAUUCUGUUCAGUAGCAAGGGAGGAAAACCGUCAGUUGCUGAUAGGUUUAAAGAAAAUGUAAUAAGACAAACAUGUGAAACAGCUAUAUUAGGAUGUUUGUAUCCUCGAACGGGAAUAACUAUUACAAUACAAGAGUUAGAAGACUAUGGAGGGCUUCUUUCCUGUGCAAUCAACUGUGCAUGUCUAGCUCUUCUCAACAGCGGUAUAUCAUUACAUCAUGUUGUAGCAGCGGUGAGCUGUAUAGUAGAUGAAACUGGAAAUAUUGUAUUGGAACCUGAAUAUCAGCAGGUUCAGUCUGCCGCUACCAAGUUAUACUUUGUGUUUGAUAGCAGAGAUAAGAAUCUUGUUACAGGUUUCACUGAGGGUGCCGUUGGUGAAGAUAUGUACCUUGAGGCUUUAGAAAAAUGCCGGGCAGCCAGCGAUCUAGUGUUCAACUUCUAUAGAGAUGUAGUGACGAAAUACAGCAAUGUUAUAUAA